GGUGCAUCUGCAUAUCUUCCUUACCUCUCUCCUGCAGCCCGCUGCUAGUACUAUCUAAAACCUCGCUUUGACCUGCCUUAUUGCCGCUUCCCGUCCCGGAGCUUGUCGUCUUCCCAACACUAGCUGCGUCUCGCCGACCCCUCCAGGAAAGGUCGAUGGUGCUCGCGGCUAUCUCUAAGACCAUUUAAAUUAUUUGCUGGGCCAUGUAACAUUUCUCUCCUUCCCUUUCCCGUCGGAUGCCGCGCAAAAGGGCCGCAGACCGCGUGGGUCCUGUCAAGACCCGAACUCGCACGGGCUGCAGAGAAUGCCGCCUCAGUCGGGUCCGCUGCGAUGAGAGGAAGCCAUCCUGCACCCGCUGUCGGGAAAAGGGGCUCGUCUGUUCGUCUCCACUCAUCUUGAAAUGGGAAUCUGAGUUUGUGAGUCGUGGGCAGGCCUUUGGCAGGGCCGGCGUCUGGAGCAAGUCUCGCUCCCCUGUUGCUGAAGCCCAGGCUGGGGGACGACGCCAAUCCCUCUCUCCAUCUUCACCUGCUCCUUUAUCCGCUGUGCAGGAAUGGUGCCCUCUUCCUCCUAUUCGGAGUUGGGUUUUCAUCAAUAGCAGCGUCUCGACAUUCGAGCGUCCGCACCAGAUGCCCGUUGCGGCCGAUGACCCCAACGCUAUCGUUCGCUACAGCGACGCUGGUUCAGCGCAGGAUAUGCAGAUGUCCCUCGUGGGCAAGACUGCUGAUGUCGACGAUGAUAUAUUCGUCUUUCAACCAUUGCAACUACAGCUACCCGGGCCCGGAAAAUCGUUACCCUUAUUCCCUCAUCUCUCAGAGUCGCCCCAGAUCCAGUUGUUCGACUACUAUCUUCAACAAGUAUGCCCCCGCACCACUGCAAGCUCUAGGUCGACGUCCCCAUUUGCGUCGGUCAUCCUUCCUUUCUGUUUGACCGCAUCGCCAACCCUCUUUAGGGCCAUCCAGGCCUUGGGGGCAUGCCACUGGUCUCGGUUCAACCCGUCAUAUCAUGCCGUUAGUCUCCGGUUGAAGUCGUCGGCUUUGCGUGAUCUUCGCCAACGCCUGACUACCCGAGGAUUUCCAUCAUGCUCUGCGGACCCCGAAGUAUUGGUCGUCAUGUUGAUGCUUUGUCUUUGCGAGAUUGUGGAUAAUUGUGACCAGCAUUGGACUAUCCAUCUAAAGGGCGCUAAAGAAUUGAUUCGGCUUAGGAGACAACAAAACGUUACACUCUCAUUACCACCUAUUACCCAGACACAGGACCCUGUUUCCGCAUUCGCAGAGUCCUUCUUUGCGUUCCAGGAUGUCAUGGGACGAACCGCCUGUGGCGAGGAAGUGCUUUUUGGAAGCGACUACUGGCAAGAGAACGGACGUAUUAUCGACACGUGGAUGGGCUGCAGUCCAGAGCUAGCAUCCAUCCUGUCUUCUAUCACCGAAAUGAGUCGUACGAGAAGACAAUUUAUGACCGACGCAGCCAGACCGGCAUUCUCGCAACGUGCAGCUUCCCUGGCGUAUAAACUAGAAAACCUGGUACAAGAGCCAGAUGAUUGCGAAGACAGCACCCUCAGAACAGCCGCAGAACUGAAACGACUGGCGGCGGUACUUUAUCUUCACUGUGCACUAUACGGUGCAUCACCAUCCACAACAUUGGUAACUGACUACGUCCGGACGAUUCUGCUACACGUAUCGGAACUCCUUGACCGCAGAGCUGUAGUCGGCAUAACAUGGCCGCUCUUUGUUGCUGCCGUGGAACUCGACCCUUUGAACGACGAGAUAUGGUCUGAUUCGAACAAGGAGACGGUUAUUCAUGGACGGCCACUUGUCUUGCGUGCAUUGGCAGCGAUGGCAGAGUCCACUGUUUCAAAUGUUGCGCGGACGCGAGCUGUCAUCGCUAAAGUAUGGCAAGCUAGAGAUCUUGACAUGCUCCAGGGCUCCUCUGUGGGAUCUUCUCGUGACCCUGCGAGUUGCAACGACUGGGAAUGGUAUGUUGCACCAAUUAGCACUGCGAUGAGCCUGGCAUGAAUGGUGCCUGAUGUUUACGAGCCGUAAUGUGCCAUUGGAACGGAUAUAAGCAUAGGUAUAUACUAUCAUGUCUCUGGAUGAUUCAGCUCAUGUAUACCCUCUCCCUCUCUCUCUCUUCUUAUUCUCAUACUGCCUCUAUUUCGUGUUGAGUUACGGCUACCGCUGUCUCGAGGGUGUAGGAGUUACAUGUGUUGAUGCAAUUGUUACAAUUUGGGCGCUGGAGGUCAUCUUUGCAUAGUUUUCUUUGGGUCACUUGGGGCAGGAAGAGGAUUUCUGCCCAAUUAUCACUCAGUAUGAACGUUUUCUGUAUAGCUUCUCGAGUAGCCAGACAACCUUGGAAGUAUUUCUAUGAGGAUAUUCUGUCUCACCGCCUUAGUUGCGCUAUUCUGCCGGACGAACGUCACAUUUCUGAGGAGGC